AUUUUGACAGUUUUUUUUCAUGAAUUAUUUGUGAUUUUUCUUCUGAGCUGUUUUUUAAUUUGAAAGCCAGAUCUAAGUGGAGAUUUUAAAACACUUUUACCAUGGUCGCCACUGCUGCUGCUUCUGCAUUCUUUCCGGUUACUUCUUCCUCUUCGGACGCCGGCGUGAAGAACAAGAAGGUGGGAGGUGGAUCUGUUAGCCUUGGGGGUGGCAAGUCAAAAUCUCGUAGUUUGCAAGUUAAGGCAAAUGCCCAAGCUCCUCCUAGGAUUAAUGGAACUCACGUGGAAGGCUUGAAGAAUGAAGAUGAUGCACCUUCUCCACCUCCUAGAACAUUUAUCAAUCAAUUACCUGAUUGGAGCAUGCUUCUUGCUGCUAUCACCACAAUCUUCCUGGCAGCAGAGAAGCAAUGGAUGAUGCUUGAUUGGAAGCCGAGGCGGUCAGAUAUGCUCAUUGAUCCGUUCGGUAUUGGGAGAAUUGUUCAGGAUGGUCUUGUGUUCAGGCAAAACUUCUCAAUUAGGUCAUAUGAGAUAGGCGCCGAUCGCACAGCAUCUAUAGAAACAUUGAUGAAUCAUUUACAGGAAACAGCCCUUAAUCAUGUUAAAACUGCUGGGCUUCUUGUAGAUGGCUUUGGUUCAACCCCAGAGAUGUGCAAAAAGAAUUUGAUUUGGGUGGUCACUCGAAUGCAGGUUGUGGUGGAUCGCUAUCCUACUUGGGGUGAUGUUGUUCAGGUGGACACAUGGGUUGAUGCAUCUGGAAAGAAUGGUAUGCGGCGUGAUUGGCUUCUCCGUGAUUGUAACACUGGUGAAGUUUUAACAAGGGCUUCUAGUGUGUGGGUUAUGAUGAACAAACUUACAAGGAGAUUAUCUAAAAUGCCAGAAGAGGUUCGAAGGGAAAUAGAACCUUAUUUUAUGAACUCUGAUCCUGUUGUUGAUGAGGACAGCAGGAAACUAGUGAAACUUAAUGACAACACAGCAGAUUUUGUUCACAAAGGUUUAACUCCUAGAUGGAGUGAUUUAGAUGUCAACCAGCAUGUUAAUAAUGUGAAGUACAUUGGUUGGAUCCUUGAGAGUGCUCCACUGCCAAUCUUGGAGAGUCAUGAACUUUCUGUCAUGACACUGGAGUAUAGGAGGGAGUGUGGCAGGGACAGCGUGCUGCAAUCCCUAACUGCUGUCUCUCACAAGGACAUAGGUAAUAUGGGAAAGUUCGGUAAUAUUGAAUGCCAGCACUUGCUUCAACUUGAGGAUGGGGCUGAGAUUGUGAGAGGGAGAACUGAAUGGAGGCCCAAGUAUGCCAAAAAUUUUGGUAACAUCGAUCAGAUUCCAGCAGAAAGUGCAUAGCAUCAGACUUGUUACUGUGGCAGGAGGGGCAGUGGUCUCAUUGCUUUGUGUCACGAUGCCUCUGUAGAAUCCUUGUAUUCAUGGAUUUAUAUAUGUUUCUUCUUUAUAUAUAUAUUCUUUCUGAUUUGUCUUCCCUGAAAAAGAAAAAGAAAAGCUAGCUCAUCUGUAAUUAACUUCUCCGUAUUACCACCCCUUCUCUUCCUCGCAAUUGUCUGUCCCUCCGUAGGUGCAGGUCUGCUUUCAGAAGUGAUGCCAUGUGGAAAAUUUGUUGUAUAGAAGAAAAAGGUUUCUCUUAUGCCUUUGCCAGACCCAGGUUGUCCUUGCCCAUAGAAUGAGAUCGGCAAAUUCUAGGAUAUUUAAACGUUUGAUUGAACAGGCACUUUGUAUAUAUUGGGGACCCUGUCUCAGUUUUUUAUUACAUGGAUGGACCUAGCUGCCCAUCCCUAAACGCAAUAAUUGUGUUUGCUAGUUUGGAAUACCAUGUCUAGCAUUUGGAUACUCCAGCGUGUUUGACAGCCUUCAACGUGUGAUUGUGUGGCUCAAGUUGAAUUAAUAAUUGUCAAAUUGGAUU